AGCUUCUCUCGAGGAACCCCAUUAGAGAGGAGUGUUCAAUCAGUGUCCAUAGUGUUUCCAUAUCUAGUUGAGCUGAUGUUUUGGCGACUGUUGAUCACACUGGUGCUGGCGUCAGCGGAAUGCCGGACUUAUGAAGAGUCCUGCUACGGAGGUGUGGCUUUGCUUCAAUCCUCCGCGAAGGAAGUUCGUUCAUCAGGGCAGGCACUGAAGAAAAACCAAGCGCCGUGGUCUGACUUUGGUGGCCUGAUUCGAUGGACGGAUGUGGAUAAUUUGGUGCAACGUAUCGAUCCAGCUCCGGCGACAACAACUUCAAGCAGUUUGUUGGUUCGGGUCCUGGUGAGUACAGCCGUGCUUGUGGUCUCAGCCAGUCUGCUGGCCCCGUUUCUUUUCCUCCUGUUGGCUGCAGGAGGAACCAUAGCGCAGGCGCUUGGGUGGCCGCUAUCAAGCGGGAAAUCCAAUGUUGCCAGUGCCGCGAAGGUGCCAGAUUCUACCGCCACCGUUGGGCUACUUCCUCCUCGAGCAAAAGUCUCAUGGCCGUGGCUAGUGACUUCCAUAUGCCUGGUGGACGUUCUAUUGAAUGUUGUGUUCAUUCUCUUGCUUCUUCGCCGGCAGGAGGGGGUCCUGGAGUCUCCACACGCGCUCUUGAGCCUCGUGAUGGAGACUCUUGUGGGUUCGAUGUUUUUCUUGCUAUUUGCUCGCUGGGAUGAUCAGCGGCAUAUCAUCACCGCAUGGCAAGUUCUGCAGUCCAUUCGCUUCUUUCUCAUUCGCCGCACCAUCUAUCUCAACCCUGGCGUAUUCAUUGUUUCCAUGCUUUUGCUGCUGCUGGUCUCGUCGGUGGGAGUGGUGGCUGAGCUUUUUGUUGACAACGAGGUGCGCGUGCCGCCCUAUGAGCCCAAGAAGAUGGAUUUUGAUCGGCCAGCAUUUGGCUGGCUAGGACCGUAUGCUGAUUGGGUACAGUCCAAAUAUCUUCGCUGGCUGAUUACGGCCUUUUUCUGCGUCGCAGAUCAGAUGGUGUGGGCUUGUUUUUUGUACAUGUGCACCAGUCGGCCAGAGGAGGACAUGGAGCAGGUCAGCGACGACACAUUCAAACAACUGGUUCGAGCGGCAAUGCUUUUGCAGAUGGUGGCGCUCUUCCCGUUCUGCUUUACGCAUUUGCACGCUACGUAUGUGCUAGUGAAACAGUGGUGUGACCAAGAGACUCUUCUGAGGGCUUACAGGACGGGUCCAUAUGAUGUACCAAUGUUGGAGGAUGAAUUGACACGAGAGUCUGUUCUCAAAACGCGACUUCAGACGCACAAGUGCCGUUCCAUCACAGUGGUUGUUCCUGCAUACAUGCCGAAUGAGGAAGACAUUGUUUUGGAGUGCUUGGAUGCAUAUCGCAGAGAAGAGGCCAAAUAUCCGGGAAUCAUGCGUGUGAUGCUCGUUUGGAACUCCCCCCAAGAGCAUACAUGGAUUGAGCAGCAACUGGAGGAAUUGCAGGAGUCGUGGCCGGCAUUUUCGGUGCACCGAAAUCACAUGUCAACAUCAAAAUGUGACAACCUGAAUAUGGCAAUCAGCCUGCUGGAGACAGACUUUGCUCUCUUCAAUGAUGUCGACACCAUGGUUUCCGCCGCAAGUAUGUGCCGCGCUUCUCUACAUUUGUUCGAAGAGAACCAUAGCGCUGUGCAGUCAUAUCUUGCACCUGCUCUAUAGCAUCAAGCGCUUGACUUUGUCUUGGCUUUAGUUUAAGUUGAAACUCACAAGGGGCACCCCAACCCCGAAGGUAAAGCUUUGGGGGGCGGGGGAAGCUGCAGGUGCACUGCUGGGAAGAUUUCUCUGGCAUUCAAGAAGCUGGUUGCUUUCCCUUUGGGGCAGUGGUCACUGGUCACGAUGGUGUACUCCCCUCGCUAAACGAGUCCGUCUACGGGCAUAUGCAGCUUCCUUUCUGCAAUGGUCGAGGAUCGUUUUGGCGAAGCGAUGCCAUCAAGAUGAUUGGCUUUGACCAUCGCACCAUUGCGGAAGAUCAUGAUGCUAUGUUCCGCGCGAAGGCCUACUAUGGCUUUACAGGUGGGGGUUCUUCGAGCGCCCUAAGACUGCUUAGUUCCCUUUUGUUUCCCUUUAAAAGUCAACAAGGAGCUCCACCGUUUUGAGACUCACCCAGGUGUCUCCGACAUCAACAUCCUUUGCCAGGAACGUGAACCGCCGGACUUUGGUAAUGUGAUCAGCCAGAGGACUCGCUGGAUGAAUGGGCAAAUGCAAAAGCUAAGAGCACUUUCUUGGGCGGUCCGCUCCCAGCACAUGUCGCCCUUUCUCAAGAUUUACCUCGUUUACAUGGAAUGGAUUUCAAGACCCUUCCAAGGGUUCCCUUUCAUCCUUGCCCAGUGGGCCGGCAUUUGGGUGAUGAAGGCUCGCGCCACGGAGGUCAAUCCGUUGAUUGCGGUCAACAUCUUCGAGGUGGAAGUGAAGUGGCCCGUCUUUGCCCUUGUGAUUUAUGUGAUUCCGCUGGCCUCUCGAUACGCGGCUUCCCUUCUGGCCUCCCGCUAUCGUCCACGGUGGCUCGGCUGGAUCAUGAGUAGUCUCCUGGUGCCCCUGAUUUACAAUCCGGUGAGGGAAACCUUGGUCCGGUUCCGCAUGCUGCAUGACUUUCUUUGGAGCAGCAAGUUGGAGUUUGUGUGCACCACACGCGACAAGACCCCCUCCCACUCUCCCAGCAUGUCGCCCAGCAGCUCCUUUUUCCGCGGCCCCAGCAGUGCCAAAUUGGGCGAACAGAGUGACUAGCGAGCCCAAUUUUGUGGAUGGCAUUGACUGGACGUGGCCAAAACGCCACAAGCGAGAAAACUGGCCUGCUGCUUCUGCUGUACAGCGAUGAUCAUGUG